ACUCCUCCUAGCCAUCAUCCAACACCAAGCCCAAGUCCGGUGGCAGCGACAUCUCUGAUCAGCCAACUGAUCCCGGUUCCUUGAGCUCAUGUCAUCUCCUGGCGAAGAGAUGGGCUGCUCGUAACUGGAGGUGGAGGGGAGAGGCGGGCAGGCGGGGGGUGGGGGGAGAGAGAGAGACAGGAGAAAAAGCCGAACAGAAACAAAAGCACAACCGUGGGUGCCCGCAACCAUGAAAGGCUUGCACUGUUUGCAAGAGCCGCUGCUCUGCCCGUGGACUAUGUCGUGAGGAGUGCCUUUCUUCGCUCGGGUUUUCGUCAAUAAAACGACACGCCAAGGAGGGGUAAAAGAUGUCCGCCUCUGUGGGGCCCCAAGGCGGCCCUCGCCCACCCACCGCGCCGCCUGCCAUGCCCGAUCUGCCGGACCUCAGUCACCUCACGGAGGAGGAGAGGAAAAUUAUUAUGGCAGUGAUGGUACGGCAGAAGGAGGAAGAGGAGAAGGAAGAGGCCAUGUUAAAAAGACUGCACCAGCAGUUCGAGAGCUACAAGGAGCAGGUGCGUCGCAUCGGCGCAGACACGCGACGACAGCAGGGCCAGCACAAGGACGACGCCCCCACCUGCGGGAUCUGCCGCAAGACCAAGUUCGCCGACGGCUGCGGGCACCUCUGCUCCUACUGCCAGACCAAGUUCUGCGCCCGCUGUGGAGGGCGCGUCUCCCUGCGCUCCAACAACGAGGACAAAGUGUGUCUCAUAGUGAAGGACAGGGUAAUGUGGGUAUGCAACCUCUGCCGUAAGCAGCAGGAGAUCCUCACCAAGUCGGGAGAAUGGUUUUCCGGGCGGGGCGGGAAGCCCUCGAGUCUGGGCGCGGCCCUGAGCGACCCGGCCAUGUGCGGUGAGGCCGCGCGGGACAAGAAAGUGCGCUCCAGGUCACAGAACCCCCUCAGCUCAGGCAGCGCCGGCCCGGACACCAUGCAGCCCGCCGCCGCUGCCACCACCGCUGCCGCCGCUGACCGCGGCAAGGGACCCGACCCCGUCCAGACCAACAUGCCUCCGCUACGCUCCCGCAGUGAGCCGCCACGGGAAAAGAAAAGGCCGUUGUCACUCCCGGAGCAGAACGGGAAGAUACUGAUCCGAGGGGAGCGCCGGCGUGGCCCGGGCAAGCUCCUGUCCCAGGCGUCGGAGGAGCGCGAACCCGGGGACCGACGGGAGAGCCGGCGCCUGGAGAAGGGCCGCUCCCAGGACUACGGCGACGCGGCGGAGCAGAGGAGGCGGGAGGACGAGGAGAGGCAGCGGCGGGAGGAGGAGUUCCAGACACGCUACCGCAGCGACCCCAACCUGGCCCGCUACCCAGUCAAGCCGCAGCCUGAGGAGCAGGAGAUGCGCAUGCACGCCAAGGUGUCCAAGGUGCGUCACGAGCGGCGGCACAGCGACGUGGCCAUCAACGAGGUGGGCCUGCCGAGCGAGGGCGGGGGCGGCGGGGGUGGGGGCGGGGACGUGCCCGAGAACCGGCUGGGCAGGCAGCGGGCCGGCGAGGCCGACCGCAAGGCGCCCCUGGAGAACCAUCGCUCUUACUCGGUGGACAGGACCACGGGGGGCGGCGGGGUGCAGGCCCCCCUGUCCAAACAGAGUCACGGCCCCCAGCCCCCGGCGCCACGGGGUGGACCGGCCGCCCCCCCAGGCCCGCCGGACCUCAGGGAGCCCCAGGACUGGGGCAGAAAGAGCCACCUGGACCCCGGCUCCGCCGCCGUCCUGCGUAAGACCAAGCGUGAGAAGAUGGAGAGCAUGCUGCGCAACGACUCGCUCAGCUCGGACCAGUCGGAAUCCCUGCGCCCGCCCCCGCCCCGGCCCUACAAGACCAAGCGCGGGGUCAACAAGAGGCAGAUGUCCGUCAGCAGCUCGGAGGAGGAGGGCGGCUCCACGCCCGAGUACACCAGCUGCGAAGAGAUAGACAGCGUGAAAGGUGACUGGGACUGCUAUCCCCUAGACCCAGCCGUGUGGCAUCAUCCUGUUACAUGGCAGCCCUCCAAAGAAGGUGAUCAUUUAAUCGGACGGAUCACUCUGAGCAAGAGAACGGCGAUGCCAAAAGAAGCAGGGGCCUUGCUGGGGCUGAAGGUUGUUGGAGGAAAGAUGACAGAGACGGGGCGAUUAGGAGCCUUCAUCACCAAAGUCAAGAAGGGAAGCCUUGCUGAUGUUGUGGGCCAUUUACGGGCAGGUGAUGAGGUGCUGCAGUGGAAUGGGAAGCCGUUGCCCGGAGCAACAAAAAAGGAAGUUUACAACAUCAUUCUGGAAUCCAAAUCAGAACCUCAAGUCGAAAUAGUUGUCUCAAGGCCUAUUGGAGAUAUACCAAGAAUUCCAGAAACAUCACAUCCUCCUUUAGAAUCUACAGGUUCAAGUUCUUUCGAGUCCCAGAAAAUGGAGCGGCCCUCUAUAUCUGUCAUGUCCCCCACUAGUCCCGGGACCCUCCGAGACAUUCCCCAGGUGCUCCCUGGACAGCUCUCUGUGAAACUGUGGUAUGAUAAAGUUGGCCAUCAGCUGAUAGUCAACGUGCUUCAAGCCAUAGACCUGCCUGCCCGGCUGGACGGGAGGCCCAGGAACCCUUACGUCAAAAUGUACUUCCUCCCGGACAGGAGCGACAAAAGCAAACGACGGACCAAAACGGUGAAGAAGAGCUCGGAGCCCAAGUGGAACCAGACCUUCCUCUACCCCCACGUGCACCGGCGGGACUUCAGGGAGCGCAUGCUGGAGAUCACCGUGUGGGACCAGCCGCGCGUGCAGGAGGAGGAGAGCGAGUUCCUGGGGGAGAUUCUGAUCGAGCUGGAGACGGCGCUGCUGGACGACACGCCACACUGGUACAAGCUCCAAACCCACGACGUGUCCUCGCUACCUCUACCCCAGCCCUCUCCCUACCUGCCCCGCCGCCACGGGCACGGGGACAGCCCCAGCAAGAAGCUGCAGAGGUCGCACCGCAUCACUGAUACAGAUUUUGAUGAUCAUAUUGCGGUAGUUUCAGCAGCUGCAGAGAGGAGCUCUCGAGAGCGGGAGAGGUCCACCACACUGACGGUGCCUGAGCAGCAGAGAACCACCCAGCAUCGCUCGCGCUCCGUGUCCCCGCAUCGGGAGGAGCAGGGCAGGGCCCGUUCCCGCCCCCCCAACGUACCAAUGCAGAGGAGUCUGGAUGAGAUCCGCCAGAAUCGACAGUCCCGCUCCCCCACCCACUACCAUGACUCCCCCCGGAGCCACCAGGACCACAUGUCACAGGACUCAGACCAGGACUACUCCGAGGACAGUGAGGUCCUCAUGAUGCGCAGAGCAAUCCGGGGCGGGAGUGCCGAAUGCCUGCACACCAACAGUGAUCUGCAGCCCACUCUUGACAGGGUUAAAAGUGCUAGUACCAACUGUUUGAGACCAGAUCCUAGUUUCCAUUCGCCAGAACGAGAAAGGUGCUCCCAGUCUCUGCCACGCAGGCGGCCCGCGAGCCCCAGGAUAUUAAUCCAGCAUGCCUCCCCUGAAGAUGACAGGCAGUGGAGAACGCUGGAUAGGCCUAUCUGUCAGAAGCUCGGCAGGAAAAGCUCUGACAGUGACAGAGCACACGCACACAGCAGCCCCUCUCACUCCCCCCCUACAGGGACCCCCACGUCAGGUCGCAGGGGGAGGCAGCUGCCACAGGUCCCGCUGAAGAGUAGCAGUAUAGAGCAAGCUCUGGCGGUGGAGGAGAGAGCCCGACAGCUCCAGAUGAAGGUCCACUCCUACAGGACGUCCACCACAUCCAGCUCCAGCCAGGACCUGGAGAUGGAGCUCAAGAACAAACGUGAGCUCUACAAGGAGCAGCGGCGAAGCUCUGACAAUGUGUCUGCCAAGUCGUCCGACAGUGACAUCAGCGACGUGUCAGCCAUGUCCAUACAGUCGGAGCGGCCCAGGGGCCGCAUCAGCCGUCAGAUGCGCCCGUCGGGCCGGAGCAUGCUGAAGAGCACGAGCGUGAGCGGGGAGAUCUACUCGCACGAGCGCACGGACGGCAGCCAGUCGGACACGGCGCUGGGCACGCUGGGCUCGGGCGGGAAGAAGCGGCGGUCCAGCCUGAGCGCCCGCGUGGUGGCCAUCGUGGGCUCGCGCCGCAGCAGGAGCACGUCACAGCUCAGCCAGACAGAAGCCGCCAAUAAGAAGUCGAAGGGGCAGAUCCAGCGCAGCCAGGAGACUGGCAUGGCAGUGGAGUACCCACGCAACACCAUGGCACGCCAGGCUAGCCGCGAUUCCACCAACGGCAGCAUGAACAGCUAUAACUCCGAGGGGAAUCUGAUCUUCUCCGGGGUACGUCUGGGGGCUGACAGCCAGUUCAGUGACUUCCUGGAUGGUCUAGGCCCUGCACAACUAGUAGGAAGGCAAACCCUGGCUACGCCCGCCAUAGGAGAUAUUCAGAUUGGAAUGAUGGAUAAGAAGGGACAGCUGGAGGUGGAAGUGAUCAGAGCACGUGGCCUAACACAAAAGCCAGGAUCCAAAUCACUCCCCGCUCCAUACGUUAAGGUCUAUUUACUGGAUAACGGAGCGUAUGUAGCCAAAAAGAAAACAAAGAUUGCACGAAAAACACUCGAUCCGUUAUACCAGCAAGCACUGCUUUUCGAGGAGAGCCCACAGGGUAAAGUGCUGCAGGUAAUAGUCUGGGGAGACUAUGGGCGAAUGGACCACAAAUGCUUCAUGGGAGUUGCACAGAUCCUAUUGGAGGAGCUGGACCUAUCCAGUACAGUGAUUGGCUGGUACAAACUGUUCCCCCCCUCCUCACUGGUGGAUCCUACGUUAGCCUCUCUCACUCGACGCGCUUCCCAGUCAUCACUUGAAAGUUCAUCGGGACCCCCGGGCGUCCGAUCCUAGUGAACUUGCGAGAAAUGAGAGAUGAAAUAACCAGAGGAAAAAAAAAAAAGAAACCUAGAACAACAAUCAGAAACAGACAGAAUCACGAUCAAAGCUUUGUUGGAGCCUGACAAUCACUCCUGUAGCUUUUUUUUUUUUUUGUCAGUAGAGCUUUCUCGUUAUUUUGGUUUCUCAUUGUUUUAAUUGAUUGUUUUGAUGAUUUUUUAAGAAAUAGGGCUGAUGCAGAAUGCUAGGAAAGCCGUUUUUAAGUAAUUGAGGGACCACAGAGUUUAUGCUAAACAGGACACCUGACCUGAACAACAACAACGAAGACGUUAUAUUCAUUUAAACGGAUCAUCAGAGCUCAUUGACUUCAGUUAGAGACCUGCGGUGGCGGUUGGUGUGAGGUCUCUGAAGUGUACCCUUUUGCUGACACAAGAUCUGCAAAAUCGGAGUCACUCCAAGGCAUCUGUGCACAUGGCCUUUCUUGGUACCCAGACAAUGUGGAUCCAAGCUCUGGCUCUUCUUUUCUGUGGAAAGCCCUUUUCAGUCUCUUUGUCACUGGCUGCUCUGCCUCUUUUUUCCUUCUUCUCUAUUUGUACAUUGGCACAACCAUUCACAUCAUAAGUAAAGGGUUUUAUGUUUUCUAAUGUUUGCAUGGAAUGGAAAAAAUAAAUAAAUAAAAAAAGAAAGCAAUCUCUUUGCUACCAACGCUGGGGACUGUUAGAAGAAGCAGCGUUAUUUUUUUUUCUUUCUUUCUUUCUUUCCUUCUUUGAUUUCAACAGCAAAAUGUUAGCUUGUAAUGCUGUUUUCGUCCAUUGAAUUAUGAACACGUCGAAUUCGACCCUCUGUGUAUAGAUGUACAUUUUGACCUCCCCUGGGGGGGAGGGUUGACCAAUAGGGGUUUUAGCAUAUGCCACUUUGAGCUGUCGCCAGGGGGCCAGAUCGCGUGUCAGCGGAGACGCCCCGGCCCACCCUGGCGAGAGCGAGCUGAAGCUCUGUUCAGUUUCACUGACUGUUUUCGGGAGGAACCCUGCACAUGUUAGUGUUUUUAUCAGACUUCCGUUUACAUUAUUUUGAGAUUAACGCAAGCACAAGAGCUUGAUUUUUUACUGCAAAAAGUUUAACUUUUUGAAAAAAAAAAGAUGAAAAAAAAUUUAAGAAAAAAGCCAAAUUAUGAUUAGCUUCUUUUACGUCCAUUUCAUUUCCUCUUUGCCUAGAGUUCGGGAAAAAAAAAGAACAAACGAGUCAUUCAGAAUCCCCUUGUGCAUUUUCUGUGAAUGUGACAGUAACCAAUCAAGUAACCAAUGGUCCAGGAGACAGACACCAAUACACAUCCACUUACAGGCCUCCGACUCCUCCCACCACUGGGAGAAGCAUGACUCUGGAACUGUUCCAAGCUGCAUGCACAUUUUGUAAAACAAAGCGGACACAAAAAAACGUUAUUGAAAUAGAUAUGUGUGUUAGUUCCACAUACUGUAGGCCAGCUUGUAUGUUGCAUGUACUUGUACAGAUUGCUCGUACUUAAUAUAAAGAGAUAACCAAGAAACCGAAGCCAUUCAUAUCACGUGUAGACAUUUGGCACAGCCCAGUCCAGAUGAUGUCCUUCAUUCUGGUGCUGAAUGUCUAGAAAACAUUUUUAAAUGCUUUUUUGUUGUUGUUCUUUUUUACCCUAUGGAGAAAGUGCUGUACUGUAGUACUGAGCUAACCCAAGCCCUUUUUUGUUGAACAUAUUGGUGUAUACUGUUACUUACUUCUGUGGGGCUGGGACUAAAGUAGAAAAUGUGUAUACAGUACAUCAGAUCAGACUAUAAAGUAUAAUAGAAGUAUAAUUAUCCCAAAUGUAAUUAUACAAAAAAAGCAACUAUAUAGAUAUAUAUGUAAAUGAGAUGCGGUUAUAUAUAAACACACACUUACACAAACAAACACAGGUGAUAUGACACACAUGUUGCAAAUCAUGAGACAACCGUGUGUCUUAGUGAUGCUUGCAAAGAGACCCACUCAGAAUCCAGGGGGCUGAAGUCCAGUCCACAGGGACCGCUGAGCUGGCCCCGGUCCACAGUGGUUGAAACAGAGGCUUCACCAUUUCAGUCCCAAAAUGGCCAAACUCAACGCUGGGUGAUGGUACACCUCAAUUCUAAAACAGUUGUCAGAUAACCACCACCCCCC